CUGAGCAUGCGGAGCUCUACGUCACGCAACCCCCUGCUGUGUUUUACGCUUGAAGCUGAGAGUGUGAGUGGAGGAAGAAGGGCAGCUAGGACAACUUUUCGAGUGGAACCACUAAAAUAGCUUCUCGUGCUGCUCGAAAAUGCCUCAAAUAACAACCGAAGGGGUCGAACAAGAGGCUCAGCCGUCGUCGGAUCAAAACGACACCGGGGAAACGGCAGAAACCGGCAAGGAGGGACAGGCCGUGCCGGACCCCAAACGGGAACCGGGCGACAACAACGAGAACAGAGCAGGAAUGGACGCGAACAGUGGUCGUGGUGCUGCGGCGGAGGACGAGGCGCAGAGUCCGGCUCUCUCCCCCGACACCGACAAAGACACGGUGCUACCGACCGAAAACACAGACAAAGAGGAACCCGGCUGUGAACUCUCUGAACCGGGGAAAAGUCCCGUACAGGGGAGUUUGGCGAGUAGCACUGAUUCUGCACAAGAGGGCUCCCGGGUGCUGAAACAAGAACAAAGAGAGGGCGAGAGCGUGUCCUCCUCACCGCCCGCAGACCGCACCAAGACGGCGGAGAAAGCCGGUACCAAGAGGAGGGCCAGCCUGGAGCUCACCUCGUCGGAUGGAGAGCCGCUCAGCAGGAUGGAUUCAGAGGACAGCAUUAGCAGCACCCUGAUGGACAUGGAGAGCACGGCGUCCAGCGGUCGCUCCACCCCGGCCAUGCUAAACGGCCACAGCGGGGGUUCUGUGGCGGGGAGCGGCUCGGCGCCGGCGGGGGGGAAGUCUCUGAGCUACACGUGCUGCUGGGAUCACUGCCAGCUGCUGUUCCUCAGCAGCCCCGACCUGGCCGAACACAUCCGGGCCACACACGUGGACGGACAGAGAGGAGGGGUGUUUGUGUGUCUGUGGAAAGGCUGCAAGGUGUACAACACACCGUCCACCAGUCAGAGCUGGCUGCAGAGACACAUGCUGACACACAGCGGGGACAAACCUUUCAAGUGCGUGGUCGGGGGCUGCAACGCCACGUUUGCCUCUCAGGGGGGGCUCGCCCGUCACGUCCCCACGCACUUCAGCUCCCAGGGUUCAUCCAAACUGUCCAAUCAGGGCAAAGUGAAGGAGGAGUCUCCAUCCAAGGCCGGCCUUAACAAGAGGAGGAAACUCAAGAACAAACACAAGCGCUCCUUGCCUCCUCGUGUACUUGCAGCUCGACCUCACGAUUUCUUCGACGCUCAGACGAUGGACGCCAUCCGCCACCGAGCAAUCUGCCUCAACCUCGCAACACACAUAGAGAGCCUCGGCAACGGACACAGUGUGGUCUUCCACAGCACGGUAAUAGCCAGGAGGAAAGAGGACUCUGGGAAAGUGAAGCUGUUGUUGCACUGGACACCUGAAGACAUGCUGCCCGAUGUUUGGGUGAACGAGAGCGACAGACUGCAGCAGAAGACCAAAGUGGUUCAUCUGUCCAAGCUGCCCACAGACACGGCUGUGCUCCUGGACCCCAACAUCUACAGGAUGUUCUUCUAACCUCCUCCAGAGGAACUCCUCAUUCACCUCCACCUCUUCUCCUCCUCCCCUCCCAGAAGACGCUGGGAGUUUAGUGGCUUAUUCUCGGGGGCCGUCUGAGGCCUCCGUGUCGUCUCCUUUAGGUGCUGAAUUUACUGAGGACGUGUUGCUCGUUUUAGGAAACACAACUAGACGGAAACUAACUGACAGAAGAGUAGGCAGUUAGAAAUGUGUAGAGAGAAGCUGUCUUUGUAAAUAACUGAGAUUUGUAAUAUAUUUUUAUACUUUGAUAUUUUUUACUGGACUGUAGAUAGAUGUCUCUUUUUUUUUUCAGACAAACUUUUUUAAAUAGAUGUUUAAAAACUGAUGAUACUGAGCACGAGCAAGAAGCAGGCACUGCUCUGGUUUGAUGUCAUUAAAGUUUUUCAAACUCAA